GCGAAGCCUAAAAAGCCUAACAAAAAUACGAAAAAGAAAACAAUAGACACUAAAAAAAGCCAACCCAUCGUGUUACACCCAAAUCCGACGAGCAGUUACAACGCACGGGAAAGUGACGAGAUGAGAAACUUUAAGGCUUCUACUUUAAAAUCUCUAAAGAUUCGAAACAUUGGCGUCGAAGAACGUGAUAUUCAUUAUCGAGAGCUCACUGGCGACCAGCCGAACAAUAGCUCGGUUAGAUUAUACCUCUUUGACAACUUUCUGAGCUCCGCCGAGUGUUUUGGUCUCAUGAACGCGCACAACAAUCACGUGUCUGCGGCAAACGGCGAGAUCGGGCCAAUCAUAUGCUUCAGUGAUGCCGGUUCAAUGAGGAAUUACAUGAACGAGGCUGGCAUGACACUUCAGUUAACUGAGAACGAUUUCUCUGCAGGAACGACCUGCGUUAACGCAACUAUUUCAAACCAAAUUGGUCAGUUCAUCAAAUGGUCAUACAGCACCUCGUUUUAUCCAGGAGAGAGUGUAUUUUCUAAAAGGUUUGAUACACGCAUAGAGAAAGCAACAGGACUGAAAUCCAGUAAUGGUGGGAAAUUCCAAUUGACAUCAUACCCCCGCGGCGUCGGUUAUAAACCCCACACUGAUUGUAUAGUGGGCUCCACAGAAAAACGUGAUCGCUUUGCUACGAUACUGGUAUAUCUUCAGGACGUCCCCAAAGGAGGCGAAACCGUGUUUUCAGAGUUGAAUAUAAGCGUGCGUCCAAUACAGGGUAGGGCACUUGUUUGGAACAACAUGGAUUCAGACGGCAAAUGUCAACCAUUAUCACUACACGAAGCAGCUCCAGUUAUAAGGGGAAGUAAAUACAUCAUACAGAGAUGGUACUACUAUGAAAGCUUUUACGCCCUUGGCAAACGAAGUGCUGAGCCGGAACUUCCGCCUCGUGUCCAAGAUCAGCCACGCGUUUCGUGUGAUAAAUACGAACAAGGUAGCUGUAGAUGGUAUGACGAAUGGAACUUUGAUCACAUUAAAGAGUACCAACGAUUGAAAAGAGACUUACAUUGAUUACCACUGUGGAUUUCGAAGGGAAGUACUGAUUCUUCUAUCGGAUAAAUGUUUCAUACACCUGGUGUUUCUUGAUACUCCUUCAGGGGAUUAUUUUAUGUGGACUGCGAUUACUCAGAAAAAUAGAUGAUUUGUAUCUUCUUAUUUGCCAAAUAAACUAUAUUAGAAUGCG